UCGCACUACGAAGUAACGGCUGAUAUCCGUUUCCUUCCGCACUGGGAGAGGGAGUGAAGAUGGCGGCGGCCGAAUCUGAUCGUGAAGUACCUUCUGCUCUGUGUACUGAAUUCCUGAAUUUCUCUGUCAAAGACACAGCUUCGAAAUGGCUCCAAGUGACUGAUCUGUACAAGGAGGUGUACCAUCACCUGGCCCGCUAUGUCCCAAAGAUCUACUGCCUGGGGCCCAACCUGAACCCCCAGAGUGAGGACUUGCUGGCCCAGAUGCUGCUGCAGGCCCCUCUGGAGUGGUACCUGUGUGGGGAGGACCCCUCCACAGGCCUGGCCAAGCUGGAGCAGAACAACCAGCCCUCACAGCUCUGCGGACACGUCUUCAAAGUGGGAGAGCCCACCUACUCGUGCAGGGAAUGUGCUGCAGACCCCACCUGUGUGCUGUGUAUGCAGUGUUUUCUGGGCAGUGUGCAUAAAGAGCAUCGCUACAGGAUGACGACCUCUGGGGGAGGGGGUUUCUGUGACUGUGGAGACACAGAGGCAUGGAAGAAGGGCCCUUACUGUCAGAAACACGAGCCCAACAUCAGUGACUCCUGUCAGGAGGAUCCACUGGCCCACCUCUCAACAGACAUGAUUGCCCGCUGCUAUAAUGUCUUCUCCGUUGUGCUGAAAUACGCCGUGGACAUGCUCACCUGGGACAAGGAGGAUGAACUGCCCCCGGGCCUGGAGCCUCCAGACCGAAGUGACACUUAUUACUGCAUGCUCUUCAAUGACGAGGUGCACACCUACGAGCAAGUCAUCUACACCCUUCAGAAGGCGGUCAACUGCACCCAGAAAGAAGCAGUCAGCUUCGCCACCACAGUGGACAGAGAUGGAAGGAAAUCGGUGCGCUUUGGCGACUUCGCUUUCUGUGAGCUGGCCAAGUCGGUCAUUGUGAGGAACACGAGUCGUCAGUCCAAGCCCUUGCGGGUCCAGGUAAUGCACUCCUCGGUGGUGGCUCAUCAGUGCUUCGCUCUCAAAGCCCUCCACUGGCUGGGCCACGUCAUAGGAUACUCAGAUGCUCUGAGGAGGAUCCUGUGUCAGGUGGGCCUAGAGAGGGGGCCAGAGGGUGAGAACUCCUCCCUGGUGGACACGCUCAUGCUCUGUGACUCCAAGAUGUGGAAAGGAGCCAGGAACGUCUACCACCAGCUCUUUAUGAGCAGCCUUCUCAUGGACCUCAAAUACAAGAAGCUGUUUGCUAUCCAGUUCGCAAAAAAUUAUGAGCGCUUGCAGAGCGACUAUGUGAAAGAUGACCACGACAGGGAGUUCUCGGUCACUGACCUCUCGGUGCAAAUGUUCACAGUGCCCUCCCUGGCGCGGAUGCUGAUCACCGAGGAGAACCUGAUGACCACCAUAAUCAGGACCUUUGUGGACCACCUGCGCCACCGCGACUUGCAGGGCCGCUUCCAGUUUGAGCGCUACACCGCCCAGCAGGCUUUCAAGUUCCGCCGCGUCCAGAGCCUCAUCGGAGACCUCAAGUAUGUCCUCAUCAGUCGGCCCACAGAGUGGAGUGACCAACUCAGGGAGAAGUUCCUGGAGGGCCUGGACACCUUCCUGGAGCUGCUCAAGUGCAUGCAGGGAAUGGACCCGGUUGUGAGGCAGGUGGGCCAGCACAUUGAGAUGGAGCCUGAGUGGGAGGCAGCCUUCACCCUGCAGAUGAAGCUCACACACAUCAUCUCCAUGAUACAGGAGUGGUGCGCUACAGAUGAGCGUGUGCUGAUUGAAGCCUAUAAGAAGUGCCUGACAGCCCUUACACACUGCCACAGUGGCUUCGCCGAUGGGGAGCAGCCCAUCACACUGAGCAUGUGUGGACAUUCUGUGGACACCAUCCGCUACUGUGUGUCUCAGGAGAAAGUCAGCAUCCACCUGCCUGUGUCCCGCUUACUUGCAGGUCUCCACGUUCUCCUCAGUAAGAUGGAGGUGGCCUACAGAUUCCCCGAACAGCUUCCGCUGAGUGAGUUAAGCCCCCCCAUGCUAAUAGAACACCCCCUUCGCUGCCUGGUCCUCUGUGCCCAAGUGCACGCCGGGAUGUGGAGGAGAAACGGCUUCUCAUUGGUCAAUCAGAUCUACUACUACCACAAUGUCAAGUGCAGAGUGGAGAUGUUUGACAAGGACCUCAUUAUGCUGCAGGCCGGCGCUUCCAUGAUGGAUCCCAACCACUUCCUGAUGAUAGUCCUGAGCCGCUUCGAGCUCUACCACAUCUUCAGCUCCGCCGACUGCAGGAAGAGAUACAACCGGGAGAACGCCAACAAGGACGUGGUCCAGCAGAACAACACCCUAACGGAGGAGAUGCUGCACCUCAUCAUGAUGGUUGUGGGUGAGCGUUUUGAAGCUGGUAUCGGCCAGGUGGAAGGCUGUGACGAGAUCAAGCGGGAGAUCCUUCACCAGCUUUGUAUUAGACCCAUGGCCCACAGCGAGCUGGUCAAAGCCCUGCCUGAAAACGAGAACAAGGAGACUGGUAUGGAGAGAGUGAUCGACUGUGUUGCUUCGUUUAAGAAGCCUGGUGUGACAGGCAGAGGGCUGUAUGAGCUCAGGCCAGAGUGUGCCAAGCAGUUCAACCUCUACUUCCACCACUACUCCCGGGCUGACCAGUCCAAGGCAGAGGAAGCCCAGAGAAAGCUGAAGAGACAGAACGGAGAGGACACAGCCCUCCCUCCUCCGGUGCUUCCCCCGUUCUGCCCGCUGUUUGCCAGCCUGGUGAACAUUCUGCAGUGUGACGUACUGCUGGGCAUGCUGGGAGCUGUGCUCCAGUGGGCCGUGGAGCCCAGCGCAGGACACUGGUCUGAGUCCAUGCUGCAGAGGGUGCUCCACCUAAUAGGCAUGGCUUUACUGGAGGAACAGCAGCAGUUAGAAAACAGUAGUGAGGACAACGACGUCUACUUCAACUUCACCCUCAAAAUGUCCCGUCCAGGGGAAGCCCCCAGUAACACAGCCAGUGUCCUGGCCCUCCUGGAGAACCUACAGAAUGCCCCUCAUCUGGAGGUCCACGAGGACAUGAUCCGUUGGCUCCUCAAGACGGUGGCCGGCAUCAAGACGAUGCGGGAGCGUAGCGCUUCCACUUCCACCGUGACCGCCAGCGGGAGCCGCGGUCAGGAAGAGACAGCGUGCGACAAGGACAAGGCGGAGAGGAAGAGGAAGGCGGAGAUUGCCCGCCUGCGAAGGGAGAAGGUCAUGGCCCAGAUGUCGGAGAUGCAGAGGCACUUUAUCAACGAGAACAAGGAGCUGUUCCAGCAGAGUCUAGAGGAGCUGGAUGCUUCCACCUCUACCUCACUGGAGCACAGCCCCGCGUCGUCAGACGCAGCCCUGGCGUGUGUGGGCCCCAGGCGGUCACGUCCCAGGGAGAAGAGGCAGGUUGUUACGUGUAUCCUGUGCCAGGAGGAGCAGGAGAUCCGGGCUGACGGCAAGGCCAUGGUGCUGGCUGCCUUCGUCCAGCGCUCCACCGUCAUGUCCAAGAACCGCACGAGACCACCGCACGACCCCAAGCGCUACGACCCUCUCUUCAUGCACCCUGACCUGUCGUUCGGCACGCACACAGGCAGCUGUGGCCACAUCAUGCACUCUCACUGUUGGCAGAGGUACUUUGAGGCGGUGCAGGCCAAGGAGCAGCGGCGUCAGCAGCGACUGCGUGUCCACACCAGCUACGAUGUGGGGAACGGGGAGUUCCUGUGUCCGCUCUGCGAGUGCCUCAGUAACACCGUCAUCCCCCUGCUCCCCCGAACUAUGGGCUCCAGCAGUUGUGAGCAGCCUGGCCUGGGUCAGUGGCUGAAGACCAGCGGUCAGCAGAUAAAGGCCAUGCACUCUGCCCACAGGAAACUCCAGCCCGUCAGUACCGUUGAAGAGACAGUGGAAGAAGAGUGCCCUGCCCCUGAGGUUUUCACUGUGGACUGCAUUCCCACGAAUCCCUACUCCAGCACCAUAAAGGAGAUGCUGACCACUUUUGGGACAGCGACCUACAAAGUUGGCCUUAAGGUGCACCCCAACGAGCAGGACCCUCGCAUCCCCAUCAUGUGCUGGAGCAGCUGUGCCUACACCAUCCAGUCCAUAGAGCGACUGUUGGUGGAUGAGAAGAAGCCUUUAUUUGGAAGUUUACCUUGCAGACAGGAUGACUGCCUGAGCUCCCUGGCCAGGUUCGGCUCAGCGUGUUGGACUGCGGCCUGUCAGCCCACCGUGCAAGGCCACUUUAUCCGACUGUUAGCAGCUUUGAUUCCAGACCCCCAGGUGGAGGCCUCUCCGUGUAUCCUGGACGUAGACAUGUUGCACCUGCUGGUAAGUGUGGUUUUGUCCUACGGGUCGGUCCACUCCCAGGACUCGUCAGGGCUGAGCGUGGACGCUGUCCAGCUGCACCUCUUCCACCUCAUCACUGUGGCUCACAUGGUCCAAAUACUACUCACUUCUGGCCCAGAGGAGGUGACCAUGGAGCAGGAGAGCGGCGAGGCGGAGCGGGGGGAGGAGGAAGGCGCCUGCCGUCUCUACAACACCCUCAGAACACAUGUGGGCAGUUCCCUACCUGAGGUGGGCUCUGGUUGGCACCUGUGGCGGUGUGUGAAGACUGGCAUCCUGCCCUACCUGAGAGGAGCGGCGCUGUUCUUCCACCACCUCCACGGAGUUCCUGCACCCCCAGAGCUGCAUGCUCUGUGUCCUGGUCAGUGGGAGGUGCUGUGCGGAUACCUCAGUCUGCCCUCAAACCUGCUGCAGCUCUUCCACGGUCAACAGGAGCUACUGGAGCCCUUACUGCAUGGGUGGUGCACUCACCCAGGUAUACAGCAGACCCUUCAGGGAGGUGGUGUUCUUGUGAGUUUUCCUCGGGAGUCCAACAGUCUGAUUGACCUACCAGAUGACUACAGUGCCCUCAUAAACCAAGCCUCCAGCUUCACGUGCCCUAAGUCGGGUGGGGAUAAGUCCCGUGCGCCCACCCUGUGCCUGGUGUGUGGCUCCAUGCUUUGUUCUCAGAGCUACUGCUGCCAGACAGAGCUGGAGGGAGAGGACGUGGGAGCCUGCACUGCUCACACCUUUGCCUGCGGAGCCGGAGUAGGCAUCUUCCUCAGAGUGAGAGAGAGCCAGGUUCUGUUCCUGGCUGGUAAAACUAAGGGCUGUUUCUACGCUCCUCCUUACCUGGAUGACUAUGGAGAGACAGACCAGGGCCUAAGGCGGGGGAACCCAUUGCACCUGUGCCACGAGCGCUACCGCAAGAUCCAGAAGCUGUGGCGCCAGCACAGCAUCACCGAGGAGAUAGGCCAUGCCCAGGAAGCCAACCAAACCCUGGUUGGCAUCGACUGGCAGCACCUGUGAUGUCUUAGGUCACAUCUACCGGAGUCGGACACACCCCUUCUCCAUAUGAAUGGGGGGGGCACGGGGGUGCGGAAUGGUUGUCAAGGGAACACAGCCCCACCUCUUUCGCUCCUCCCCACCGAUUGGAGAAGGGGUACGUGUCGCCCUCCCCCCCUUUGUCUGAGAGUGGAUGAAUGCAUGUAGGUUUUUCUCCUUUUCUUUUUGCUGUUUCUCCCUUGAAGAAAUGUAAUAUAAUCAGGCACCCAUGGACUGGCUCGGGUGUAACAUGAAUACUCAGAGUAUAACUUCUUUAUAGGAAUGCUAUUUAAUUUCUGCCUAUUCAAAUACCAUUAAAUUAUUUCUAAGGUAGAUGGCUGACGUAUUGGUUUAUUUACAGUUGGAUUUGCUUUGAUGCUAAACAUUUUUGACUAAGCACCAGGUUUUCCUUCUUGCUCUUGUCAGCCAGUGACAGCUCAUUUCAGAGUUUGGGACACAAUCUCAUCAGAUAGGUGAGGUCAGAUUGUGCCCCUUACCAGUAUUGGGAUCCAUUCUAUUUAAAUUUCAACCUAAGAGCUGAAAAAUCCUUAUUGAAAAUCAAUGGUGCUUUUCAGCUUUGAUUUGGAAUUUCAAAUAAAGUCCUGAAAUGUAUUGACCCCCCACCCCCAUUAGUUACUUUCUCCAGUCUGAUGGACACCCAAAUACACAGUACUCAGAGAAUACAAGCCAAUGUAAGGAAGUUCGGUAACACACUGGUGUGAAUGUUUGUGUUUUACUCCUGAGUGCCUGUGUUCUGGUUUUAAAUUUGUCAGGGUGUAUGUUGGAGUGUGUUAAGUCUUUGCAGCUUGAGUAUGUGCGUUUUGUCAGUGCUUUGUAUUUUAACACUAUUUAAAUGAACCCCCUAGCCCACAGAUAUGAGCCUUUUUAAGGCAAGGCUGUCCCUUCCUUUUUUGCUAAUGUGUGUGAUUGGUUGAAGUCAAUUUUAUCUGAUGUGCAUUGAUGGGGUUUGUUUUUUGUUUUGGAAAUAGUUUUUGUAUUGUACAUUUUUUUAAUGUUCAGCAGAAACGUUUUUUUCUGUAUGAGAAGAGAAUGCAGAGACAUAUCCCUCGACCUGUUUUAUUUUAUUUUUUAAUAAACCCACUGGUAUAUAUAUAUAUAUACCAGUGGGUUUGCCUGACCCGACCUGGAAUAAAACUCCAUCUUAGUUAAUUUUUUGGUCAGAUAAAAGUCUUAGCCCUCUUAAGGUUGCCUCUGGACUGUACCAUUUUUCCACAGCUACGGCUGGGUGGACUGGCACAUUGGGGCAAAUUUCAUCCUUAAGGCUCGGAAACAGAAUUGAUUAGUCAGGCUCACAAGGCACUUUAGAGGAACGAACACACGCAAGCGCGCACACACACACACUGCUCUUUGAUGCAGGUUCUCUCUGAUGCUGGGACCUGAAGCUCCGUAUUCUUCUUCCCAUCACUCCGUUGGCAUGUUUUCCUGGUAACCACCCCCACCCCAUUCUUUGACACGCUCCCAAUAUCGAGGCUGUAUUGUUAUUAUUAUUAUCGUGUCAGACUUGUUAAUAUGUGAAUUACUGUAUAAAUGAGUACAUUGUACUAUAUUGUAAAAGAAUACCAAAAUAAAUCAAAAGGUAAAGGAA